UGAAGAUUAAAGAAAUUUCCACACUUCAUCAAGUUUCUCCAAAACCUCAUUAAAAUGUUGAUGAAAAAGCUGAAAAUUUUAACACCAUUUUUAUCACAAAAACUAUUACUAAAAAGGGAAAUAACAAUUUCUUCUAAAACCCAAUUAGAUUUCCAUGUUUAUUCAUCAGUUUCUCCACAAGUAGAGCCACAAUUUCCUCAUUUUUUACAACCCCAAAGGCUUAAUUUUCUUGAAAACAAUUUGGGGUUUUCUCAAAGAACACUUUUUUGUUCUGAAGCUGCUAAAAAGAUUUAUUGUUGGAAUUGUAAUUUUGUUUCAUCAAAUACAACACCCUUUCUUGUUUGUACUGCUUGUGGGUGUGUACAACCUGUUGAUCAAUCUGUUGAUUAUUUCCAAAUAUUUGGAUUGGAGAAAAAGUAUGGAAUUGAGGGGGAGAAUCUCGAGCGCAAGUACAAAGACUGGCAGAGGAAGCUACAUCCAGACUUGGUUCAUACAAAAUCUCAGAAAGAAAGGGAUUAUGCUGCUGAACAGUCUGCUCGUGUAAUCGAUGCCUAUCGCACACUAACUGACCCAUUAUCAAGGGCAAUAUACAUUUUGAAGUUGGAAGGUGUGCACGUGGAUGAAGAGGAAAAGAUUGACGAUAUAGAGUUGCUGACUGAGAUGAUGGAACUCAGGGAAACUGUUGAAGAGGCUGCUGACUCGCAAGCACUAAAACAAAUCCAGGGGCAGAUACAAGCAAAGUUCGAACAAUCAUCCAUCUCUUUUGCAGACGCCUUACAAAGUAGAAAGUAUGAAGAAGCUUUGGCUGCAAUCCGUAAGAUGACUUACUACAAGCGUGCAAAUGAAGAGAUUGUGAAGAAGCUCUAGUGCAAUGGAAGCAUGAAGCUGUGGUUUGGGAGUGAGAUGCAACUAGACUCAAUCAGACGAACCCGGAGCAUGAGUAAGGUGAAAAAGACGACAAUAAGUUGAUCUGAUGAAGUUGGGUUCUCACUUGUUCCGGUUGAUCUAGUCGCCUACCAUUCUUUCCAACACAACCCCAAAAAUGUACACUAUUGAAUGUUGACAAAAUAAUAGCCAAGAGCGACGAUAGCAGUGUGAAUACCUGAUCUCUCUGAGUCAUUGAUGGAUGAUCCUGGUGGAUUUUUCACAGUUACUAUUUAUAUGAAAUGAAAACAGAAUAAGAAUAUGUCGAGAGCAGCGAUUUGAAAUGUUACAUUUAAAUUACUGAAAGUUGACUUGGAACUAUAGCAACUCCAUUUUUAAUGACUUAUAAGCUGGCUUCUAUUAGUUUUCUUCCAAGAAUAUCAUGAAAUUGCACCUUAUUAAGACAA